AACAGGUUCAUGACUUGUGUUCUUUGUGCUUACACUUGAUGACGUAUAGUUUGCGAAUAAAUAUUGUAUCAUGUGAAAAUUUUAUAAAAAAUGAAAUCGUCAUUAUCAUUUAGUUUUUAUUAUCUUUUAUUCCUGAUAACAUUAAUCCGAUGCGAUAUCGAUAUUGAUGAUAUAGAAACGAUAACUGUCGAAAACUAUGUAUAUGUUUUGGAUGAUAGAAACUAUGAUUCUUUUGUUCAACAACAUCCAUUAUCAUUGAUUGAAUUUUAUGCACCAUGGUGUGGUCAUUGUAAGGCAUUAGCACCUGAAUUUUCCAAAGCUGCUAAAAUUCUACAAGAUGAUCAGAAUAGAGUUGUGUUGGCCAAAAUCGAUGCUUCGAAAUUUUCUGAAUUUACAAAACAACAUAAUGUAUCUGGAUUUCCGACUUUGUUCAUCUAUCGUAAUGGAACCAGAACUGAAUACGAUGGUCCACGUACAUCACAAGGGAUAGCAGAUUAUAUGCGUGAAAUAGCUGAUCCUAAUUAUAAACCAAUAGAGUCUGUGAUCACAUUAACAUCUGUAAAUUUCGAUGAUACGAUAAAAUCAGAAUCAUUGAUGCUGGUUCAGUUUUAUGCUCCCUGGUGUGGCCAUUGUAAACGUCUCAAACCGGAAUAUGAACGUGCAGCAAGAAGGCUUCAAGAGCUAGAAAAACCAAUUAAACUUGCCAAAGUAGAUGCAACUGCUGAACAAGAGCUAGCUCAAAAAUUCGAAGUAAAAGGCUAUCCAACGUUGUUCAUUUUUCGAAAUGGAAAAAAACUCACUUACAAAGGACCUAGAGAUGAGAAUGGUAUUGUAGAUUUUAUGAAAGAGAUACAAAAAGUUCCCAGCAAAUUGAUCGAAUCGAAAGAAAUGCUAAGAAAGCAAAUCAAAGAGGAUAUUCCAACUAUUAAUGGAUUUUUUGAUACUCAUCCAGAUGAAAAAAUUUUCGAUCUUUUCAUAGACGUUGCUUAUGAUCAAUUCGAUGACGAUAAUUAUUUUGUUCACAUCGCUAACAACGAUCUAGUGAAUCAGCUCAAACAAAAACCAAAUUCAAUAGCCGUUUUUUACCCAUUGUGGUUUCGUUCGAAAUAUGAAUCUAAUAGCCAUAUCAUGAUACUGGAUCAAUCAACUUCGGUGCAAGAAGUGGUGGAUUUCAUUCGCAACCAUAGUAUUCCGUUGGUCGGAUAUCGUUAUUCUCGAACCUAUAGCCUUUAUGCUAAUCGUUAUCCGCUAGUUGUUGUCUACUAUGAUGUUGAUUUCAGUUUUGAUUACAGAAAACAAACCCAAAUGAUACGAGAACAAGUUCUGAAAGCUGCCGCACAAAUCAAGAAAACCGAAGAAAUUACAUUCGUGAUUGCCAAAGAAAGCAAAAAUGAACAAGAAUUGAAAGAUCUCAAAUUGGAUGAUAGUGGCGCAGAUGUGAAUGUUGGAUAUUUUGAAUCCGCUAAACGACGUUACGCUAUGGAACCAGUAGAUGAAUUCAAUGAUCAAGUCUUGAUUGAUUUUGUACUAGCUGUUCGUACAGGAAAAAUUAAUCCAGUUCUGCGAUCACAACCUAUUCCAAAAGAAAAUCCUGUCAAUAACUUAUGGACAGUGGUAGGCGAAACCUUUCAACAAUUGAUUAUUCAAUCUAAACAACAUGAUAUAAUGUUGCAAUUCUAUGCGCCUUGGUGUGGCCAUUGCAAAGCAUUGAUGCCCAUCUAUCAAGAAUUGGCCAAAAAAUUCGAACACGAAAAUGAUCGUUUGAGAAUCAUGAAAAUUGAUGCGAGUAGUAAUGAUUUUCCCGAAUGGUUCGAUGUGAAUGGUUUUCCUACAAUUUAUUAUAUUCGUCGGGAUCAAGGUCCCCGUAAGCCUAUUUUGUAUCAAGGCGAUCGAAAAAUUGAGGAUCUUAAUCGAUUCAUACAGGAUCAAUUAGAUCGGUCUGAUAGCAACCAACAUAUCAGAGAAGAAUUAUAAACAUGGAGAUUAUUGAUCAUUGUCAUUACUUACA